UGUGGUGCUUUUGUUACAGCCAAGAUGGCGUUAAGUAAAACGUUUGGGCAGAAGCCGGUGAAAUUUCAACUUGAAGAAGAUGGGGAAUUUUACAUGAUUGGUUCAGAGGUAGGAAACUACUUGCGGAUGUUCAGAGGCUCACUGUACAAGAGGUACCCUUCACUGUGGCGGAGGCUGGCUUCUGUUGAGGAGAGGAAGAAAAUUGUAGCAUCAUCACACGAUCACGGUUACACAACUUUAGCCACCAGUGUGACUCUGCUGAAAGCAUCUGAAGUUGAGGAGAUCUUGGAAGGAAACGAUGAGAAGUACAAGGCAGUCUCCAUCAGCACUGAGCCACCUGCCUACCUCAGGGAGCAGAAGGCGAAGCGGAACAGCCAGUGGGUGCCCACGCUCCCCAACAGCUCCCACCACCUGGACGCUGUGCCCUGCUCCACCACCAUCAACCGCAAUCGCAUGGGCCGGGACAAGAAGAGGACCUUCCCGCUUUGUUUUGAUGACCAUGACCCAGCCGUGAUCCACGAGAAUGCUUCCCAAACUGAAGUUCUGGUUCCAAUCCGGCUUGAUAUGGAGAUAGAUGGACAAAAACUCAGAGAUGCCUUCACGUGGAAUAUGAAUGAAAAGCUCAUGACGCCUGAAAUGUUUGCCGAGAUCCUGUGCGACGACCUGGAUUUGAAUCCCCUGACAUUUGUCCCAGCUAUUGCUUCUGCCAUCAGGCAACAGAUUGAGUCCUACCCUACAGACAGCAUCUUAGAUGAGCAGACAGACCAAAGAGUCAUUAUUAAGCUAAAUAUUCAUGUCGGCAACAUCUCGCUGGUGGACCAGUUUGAAUGGGACAUGUCAGAGAAGGAGAACUCUCCAGAGAAGUUUGCCCUGAAACUUUGCUCUGAACUAGGGCUCGGAGGGGAGUUCGUCACCACCAUUGCCUACAGUAUCCGUGGGCAGCUCAGCUGGCACCAGAGGACAUACGCCUUCAGGUCUGAUAUCAGUGAGAACCCCUUGCCCACGGUGGAGAUUGCCAUUCGAAACACAGGUGAUGCUGACCAGUGGUGCCCCCUACUGGAAACCCUGACAGAUGCCGAGAUGGAGAAAAAGAUAAGGGACCAGGACAGAAAUACAAGGCGUAUGAGACGUCUUGCCAACACUGCCCCAGCCUGGUAGAACCUUGUCGGCCCACGGACUUCUUGGAUUUGCAACCUGGAGAAAAACUGAGUCAGUGGGACAGCUGCAAGCCCAUCGCCCUGACAUACAAAGACAUUCCACUAUCUAGGCACUGGGAGCCCGCUCUCUUCUAGCCCCUCCCCCAGCUUUUUGUGUAAAGACUGAUAUCCCUGUUUAAUGUUGUCCAUGGAACUGAUCUAUAGAAAAAAAACAUGCCUGUGUGGAAGAUAUGCUGGUAUUGUGCUGAUAUUGUUUUUUUUGUAUAGGUGCUGACAGCACUUUUAGGAAACCUGAUUAUUUUGAUCUUUUUUUAAAAUAAAAAUCAUGCUUAAUACUUGG